GGCUGUGGUGCACGCAGUGACGUCAGGGUCUGGUGAGCAGAGCAGGAAGCCUUGGCUGUGCUCGUGGUGCUGCUUUGCCCCAACUUCGGUCCCAGUCGCUUCAGAGGAGCUCAUGUCUCUGUUAAUGUCGUCUAAUUAAACAGCUGACAAUGCCCGUGGAGAGUUUGCCAGUGCGAGACUCGUCCGUCCACCUCCGGCUGCUGCAUCAGUAUUUGGUUCUUCUGAAGAAAUAUCCCAUUAUCACCAAGUCCGUAACGAGUGGCAUCCUCUCAGCUUUAGGAAAUCUUCUGUCUCAGACUUUGGAGGCAAAGAAAAAGGCCAAAAAUGGAGCUCCAGUCAAGGAGCUUGACGCCGCUGGAGCUGCACGUUAUGCCGUUUAUGGGUUGUUCAUCACGGGACCUGUGAGCCAUUACUUCUACCAGCUUAUGGAGGUGUGGAUGCCGAGCACAGACCCAUACUGUAUAGUCAAACGUCUGCUGCUGGAUCGACUUGUCUUUGCCCCCGGCUUUCUGCUCCUCUUCUACUUUGUUAUGACCAUUCUGGAGGCUAAAGGGUGGGUAGACUUUGAAAACAAAAUGAGAAGUAGUUACUGGACUGCGCUGAAAAUGAACUGGAAAGUUUGGACUCCCUUCCAGUUCAUCAACAUCAACUUUGUGCCUGUUCAGUUCAGAGUGCUGUUUGCCAACAUGGUUGCCUUAUUUUGGUACGCCUACCUUGCAUCUGUGAGGAAAUGAAGCUUCGCAGGAUUUCUCCCUGAUAACGAAUUCAGAGGAAAUGACUCCUCCACAGUGACUGGGGAUGCCAGAGAAUUUAGCUGACAUAACCGACCACAACUCACAUCAAAUAAUUAUUCUGUUUAACCACUAAAAAUGGAAUAAGCCAAACCAGUACAAUUAAGUAUGAAUUACUCUAAUGUGUAAUUCUCACUGUUGCUUUUGACAUUUUGGACACAUGACUAUUUGUAAUAACUUAAAGUGUAUACAUUUCUAACAUGAUGUAAUGGUUAUUUUUCUUUAGCGCAAAGCCAAAGUCUUGUAUAAUGUAACCAUCAACCUACAAUUGUACUAAAAGUCUAUUUUUAAUAUGUGACCA